AUGCGCACUGUUAUACAGACCCCCGGCCUGGCCCCUUUGCUGCCCGUGUGUUCGAUUCCGAUGGAACGAAGGCCCAUGGAGCCACCCUCACGCGCGAAUCUCGAGCUGCUGCUCAACGCCAUCGACGACCGUACCGCCACGGCUGCUGCCCAACCAACGCCAAAUGAUGUUCAAACUGUUUGGAAUGCUGCCGUCGCCGGUAGCAGCACAGUAGAGGAUUCGGUGAGUAAUUUCAAACAGGUUCGCCCACACUGGCUCGCUGACUUGGGUGUGUGCUGGCCGCAGUCCGGGAAACGGAAGCGAGAUGAAGCUACCUCGCCCGAAGAGUCACGCGCCAAGAUUAGACGGACUGUGCGCGACCAUUUGGUGCUCGACUAUGCCCGAGUUCUCCCCACCCCUUCGAUGACAACGGUCGUAUGCCUUCAUGCAGCCGUUGCCCAAAAGUCCUACGGAAACGAAAAGAGAUUCCUAUGUCCCCCUCCUGUUGUUCGGGUAGAAGGUCCACUCCGUCAGCCCCGUACUCAGCAGCUCGCAAUGCGAAUUGUCACCGAGACUGGCGAACGUACCAACGAACAGCGCGCCACACUUGACGAAACUAUGCAUGCCAGCUUCAAGACGCUUCAUGUUUCGGGUCCCGCCGGCUUCAAAGCCAAGAAUUUCCAGCUCGUCCUUGAUGUGUCUGAUCCCGAUUCACCACUCGGCAAUACACCAUGGGCAAGCUUCGAGAGCUCACAAGUAGCCAUUAUCUCCAAGCCAUCGAAGAAGACGGCUAAAACUCGUAACAUGUCAUCCUGCAUCCUUGCUGGCGGCCCUGUCUCGCUUUUCAAUCGGAUCAACUCACAGACCGUACGCACCAAAUAUAUGGCUGUUGAACAAGGUCGUUUGAGUGCGAGCAACUCCGUUUGGUCCGCCUUCAAUGUAACUGUUGUUCGAUCUGCCACGGAGUCGGAGGAGUCCCCAGAUCAGGUGCCUGCCCAAUUGUCUCCUUCUGCUAGUUCGGCUCGCACAACUUCUGCCAGCGUGCGUUCAUACUCGUCAUCAGUUGGCGCUCGGCCUGUCACCUACGGGUCCGAAAUCAUAUUGACCGAUGCUCUAACCGGUGUUGCAUCUGACCCUCUAAUCAUUCGCAAAGUCGAUAAGAGCCGGAUUAUUAAUGAUGACGGUGGACCUGUGAGUCAAAUGCAGAAGAUCGCCCUCCAGCGAAUAGGAGAAGAUGGACAGAGAUAUUACCUCUCUGCCUCGGGAACGAUUACCGGUUCUGGUUUCGGCGGGAACGCGGGUACCAAUGGGCUUGGCCUCACGGAUGUCAAGAGUGCGGAUCGACAAUCAGGGUCGCAGUCUUUGCAUUACCAAGCCCCUCGUAUGCGUGAAGAGCGUAGUGCGCACGGCGUAACGGUUGUGGAUGAAGUUGAUGAUUGGCUCUGUUGGACAAUUGUGGGAAUUUCUAAAUUCCAGUAUACGUUCUUUGAUGCACUUGGCACGUUUGGGACUACUCCUUCCCGGCCUAUUACUCCUUUCCCAACAAUAUGUACACAGCCUACUUACCGGCCUUCGACACACACGCUGGAGCUUGUCGUGUCUAACUUUACUCGUGACGACCCCGAGACAGGUCAAUCCGAAACUCUUGAGAUAUGGCUAGGGAACAUUGGCCCCCUUCGGCAGCGCAUAUACCGAUCGAACCCUGGGUCUGGGAGCGUACAAACGUCUGCUCCGCCCAAUGUUCCCUAUGCCAAGGCGGCGGCUGGUGCGCUUCCUAGUACAAGCGACCAGGCAGCCGUCAUAUCCGCAGCUGAGAAGGCCGUACUCGACUUUGUUGACAAGCCUGGUAGUUCAGCGACCAAUGCGACCGGCUCUAGUUCAACAGGCGUGUUUAGACGAUCGUCUGUCAUGUCACCAUCGCAAACAAUCGUGGUAGUCGAUAUGCCCCCGAUUCCAGAUAUUGUGCGCACGAUGCAAGAGAACGUGAUGAGCCCCGGGCACUUGCUCGCCGCUGGUUUGCUAAGCCAAGUUGCCCAGCAAGCGCAAGUAUCGCGCCGUAAAGAUGACAGCUCGAGUGACACGGCCGCUGGACGAGAACGUUCAGAUGAGGCAGCGGAACGGACAGCAGCGAUCGCGUCGGCGCUUGUUGCGGCGACCGAAGGCGCGGCAGGUACAAUACCAGUAGUCCCUCCCGAAGCUCUCGAACCCGGCGUGCCCCCAUCAGCUCAUAUGACUCGUGGACUCCCAUUGCUAUUUAUUCGUGCAAGCGAUGGUGCAGGGUACCACUCCGGCCGUUCUGUUGCCUGUGAAAGUGUAUUUUCGUCUGGGGCCAGUGGCGAAUGGGUCCAAGCCGCGCAGGCCGUUGCGGGUACCACGGCUGGUACGGCUGGAGUUGACCCGUGCCUAACAUUGAGGAUUGUAUAA